AUGUUGCAUCACUGCAGCACACUGGCAGAUAAGUUAUGCACAGACACUUGUUUGUUUUCUGACAGGGAGCUCGAGGGGGAAGAGGCGCACGAGGGCCCACUGGAAAACCAGGAGAAAAGGGUUCUGCUGGACAAGAUGGUGCCCCAGGAUCCCCUGGUGAGCAGGGACCACAAGGACCACAGGGAAGGCCAGGUGAAACAGGACAAAGAGGGCCUAAUGGCCCACCAGGAAAAGAUGGACUUCCAGGCCAUCUUGGACAGAGAGGCGAACCAGGGUUCCAAGGCAAGAAUGGCCCUCCAGGACCUCCGGGUGUCGUGGGACCACAGGGGAAAACUGGUGACACUGGCUCAACAGGUGACAGAGGUCACCCAGGGCCACCAGGACCCCCUGGAGAACAUGGUUUACCUGGAUCUACUGGAAAGGAGGGGGCCAAGGGAGACAUAG